AUGGCAACUUCGAUCCAACAUCUCAGACUUUUGGAGCAAUUUAUUGACCAUUGCAAAAAUAAUCCCGCGAUGUUGCGCCUUCCAGAAUUGAAAUUUUUUGCUGAUUUUAUUGUUAGCUUGGGUGGUAAGAUUCCUGAAGCGGCUGAACCGGAAGAAGAGAAAGUCGAGGAAAGCAUAAAUGAUGAAUCGGAAAGCCAGGUUGGAUCAGCAAAUUACAUUAUUUUAUGCCCAGAAAAAGAGAGUGAAGAAAGUGACUUAGAUAUUGAAGCGGAAGGUGUCAUUGAAGGUGACGAUGAUGCUCCUCAACCUAUGGGAGAUGGUUCUAAAGAGGUCACAGAGGAAAUGCUAGAAGAAGCGUCAGAGAAGAGACAGAAUGCAAAUAUUGCAUUAGCUGACGGAAAUAUCGACGAAGGCAUUAAACUUUAUGCAGAAGCUAUAAUGCUAAAUCCACAAUCAGCGCCUUUAUUUGCAAAGCGUGCAGGAGGAUAUAUAAAAGCGAAAAAGCCAAACGCAGCUAUUCGUGAUUGUGACAAAGCAAUUCAAUUGAAUCCUGACUCAGCCCAGGCAUACAAGUGGAGAGGUAUCGCUUACAGAAUGUUAGGUAAAUGGGACAAAUCGGCUUCAGAUUUAAGACUUUCUGUCAAGAUAGAUUUCAGUGAAGAUGCUCAAGAAGUCUUAAACUAUGUUCAACCAAGGGCUCAGCGCAUUCAAGAGCACCAACGUAAAAUAGAACGUCGAAAGGCGGAAAAGGAAAUAAAAGAACGAAGGGAAAGAGUACGACUGGCUCAAGAGGCUAAAGAAAAGGCUAGGAAAGAAGAGGAAGAAAGAGCAAGAAAGGAAGAAGAAUCAGGGACUCCAGGCGGAUUUCCUGGAGCAGGAGCUGGUGGAUUUCCCGGAGCUGGUGGAUUUCCUGGAGCAGGUGGAUUCCCUGGUGCAGCAGGUGCAGGAGGAUUUCCAGGGGCUGGUGGAUUCCCAGGUGCAGGUGCUGGUGGAUUCCCAGGUGCAGGUGCCGGUGCUGGAGGAUUUCCAGGGGCUGGUGGAAUGCCAGGUGCUGGUGCCGGUCAGAUGCCUGAUAUUAAUGCCAUGUUGAAUGAUCCCGAGAUUAUCGCUGCAUUUCAGGAUCCAGAGAUUAUGGCCGCGUUCCAGGAUGUGAGCAUGAAUCCACAAAAUGUUUCUAAAUAUCAAAAUAAUUCGAAGGUAAUGAACAUUAUAAACAAACUUGCAAGCAAAUAUGGAAAGCAAAAUUAGAAGGGAUUGACGUAGUUGCAGAGCUAUCUCACCGAAAUACUCAUAAAAGAUAUUCAUAAAACGAAUUAUUACGUUAUACCUAUCUUAGUACUUUGUUGAUACGUAAAAUUUUGAUCAUUGCUCAAGGUAUUGAUGUUAUACAGUUGCAAAGGUGUAUGUCAAACACUAUUUCGUAAACGAUUGUUUAGUAAGAUAUCUAUUUGUUGUCAGGAAAGGAAGGAACAAGGGCUAAAUAGUUAAUUUAUGAUGCAUUAGUUAAGUUUGAAUUACACCCAUUUUUGGAUUAGCU